CCAGGCGCCCGGCGGCCGCUGUGCCAGGAGCCCCGAGCUGCCCUCCUCCCCCUGCGCCGCCACCCCCCGGGCUCGGGGCGGCCGCCGCUUCUGCCCCAGCGCAGGGACCCUUCCAUGAAGACUGAGGCAGGCAUAGCUGUUAAGAAGAGCCUGCUGACAUGACAUCCGCCACAGAGUUUGAAAAUGUGGGCAACCAGCCACCAUACAGCCGGAUCAAUGCCCGCUGGGAUGCCCCGGACGACGAGCUGGAUAAUGACAACAGCUCAGCCAGGCUCUUUGAGAGGUCCCGGAUCAAGGCCUUGGCAGAUGAGCGGGAAGUCGUUCAGAAGAAGACCUUCACCAAAUGGGUGAACUCCCACCUGGCUCGAGUGUCCUGCCGCAUCAGCGAUCUCUACAAGGACCUGCGGGAUGGGCGGAUGCUCAUCAAGCUUCUGGAGGUGCUCUCGGGAGAGAUGCUGCCAAGGCCCACCAAGGGAAAGAUGCGCAUCCACUGCCUGGAGAACGUGGACAAGGCCCUGCAGUUCCUCAAGGAGCAGCGCGUGCACCUGGAGAAUAUGGGCUCCCAUGACAUCGUGGACGGCAACCACCGCCUGGUGCUGGGCCUCAUCUGGACCAUCAUCCUCCGCUUCCAGAUUCAGGACAUUGUUGUCCAAACUCAGGAAGGUCGUGAGACACGCUCGGCCAAGGAUGCGCUGCUCUUGUGGUGCCAGAUGAAGACAGCAGGCUACCCCCACGUCAAUGUCACCAACUUCACCUCCAGCUGGAAGGACGGCUUGGCCUUUAAUGCCCUGAUACACAAGCACCGGCCUGACCUCAUCGACUUUGACAAGCUGAAGGAUUCCAAUGCCCGGCAUAACCUGGAACAUGCAUUUGAUGUGGCUGAACGCCAGCUGGGCAUCAUCCCACUCCUUGACCCUGAAGAUGUCUUCACGGAAAACCCAGAUGAGAAGUCCAUCAUCACCUAUGUGGUGGCGUUUUACCACUACUUCUCCAAGAUGAAGGUGCUGGCAGUGGAGGGCAAGCGUGUUGGCAAGGUCAUUGACCAUGCCAUUGAGACUGAGAAGAUGAUUGAAAAGUAUAGUGGGCUAGCCUCGGACCUGCUCACCUGGAUCGAGCAGACCAUCAGUGUCCUGAACAGCCGCAAGUUUGCCAACUCGUUGAGUGGUGUCCAGCAGCAGCUACAGGCCUUCAGCACCUACCGUACCGUGGAGAAGCCACCCAAGUUUCAGGAGAAAGGGAAUCUGGAAGUCCUACUGUUUACCAUCCAGUCUCGGAUGAGAGCCAACAAUCAGAAAGUGUAUACGCCUCAUGAUGGGAAACUAGUAUCUGACAUCAACAGGGCCUGGGAGAGCCUGGAGGAAGCUGAGUACCAGCGGGAGCUGGCCCUGCGGAGCGAGCUCAUUCGGCAGGAGAAGCUGGAGCAGCUGGCGCGGCGCUUUGACAGAAAGGCCGCCAUGAGAGAGACCUGGCUUAACGAAAACCAGCGCCUCGUGACCCAGGAUAACUUCGGGUACGACUUAGCAGCUGUGGAGGCCGCCAAAAAGAAGCAUGAGGCCAUUGAGACUGACACGGCUGCCUACGAGGAACGAGUGAAGGCCCUGGAGGACCUGGCCCAGGAGCUGGAGAAGGAGAACUACCAUGACCAGAAGCGCAUCAUGGCCCGCAAGGACAACAUCCUCCGCCUGUGGAGCUUCCUGCAGGAGCUGCUGCGCUCUCGGCGCCAGAGGCUUGAGGCCACCCUGGCGCUGCAGAAGCUCUUCCAAGAUAUGUUGCACAGCAUUGACUGGAUGGAUGAGAUUAAGGCUCACCUCCUGUCUGCCGAGUUUGGGAAACACUUGUUAGAGGUUGAAGACUUGCUACAGAAGCACAAGUUGAUGGAGGCUGACAUCGCCAUCCAAGGGGAGAAAGUGAAGGCCAUCACCGCGGCCACCAUGCAGUUCACUGAGGGGAAAGGGUACCAGCCUUGUGACCCCCAGGUCAUUCAGGACCGCGUCAGCCACCUGGAGCAGUGCUUCGGAGAGCUGAGCAACAUGGCGGCCGGGCGAAAGGCCCAGUUGGAGCAGUCCAAGCGGCUCUGGAAAUUCUUCUGGGAGAUGGAUGAGGCCGAGAGCUGGAUCAAGGAGAAAGAGCAGAUCUACUCUUCCCUGGACUAUGGCAAGGACCUGACCAGCGUGCUCAUCUUGCAGCGCAAGCACAAAGCCUUUGAGGAUGAGCUCCGUGGGCUGGACGCGCACCUGGAGCAGAUCUUCCAGGAAGCCGAGGGCAUGGUUGCGCGUAAGCAGUUUGGACACCCGCGGAUCGAGGUUCGCGUCAAGGAGGUGUCGGCGCAGUGGGACCGGCUGAAGGAGCUGGCCGCCUUUCGCAAGCAGAGCCUCCAGGGCGCGGAGAACUUCUUCCAGUUCCAGGGCGACGCAGACGACCUGAAGGCCUGGCUGCAGGAUGCCCACCGGCUGCUGUCGGGUGAAGACGUCGGGCAGGACGAAGGGGCCACGCGGGCUCUGGGGAAAAAGCACAAGGACUUCCUGGAGGAGUUGGAGGAAAGCCGCGGGGUGAUGGAGCACUUGGAAAAUCAGGCCCAGGGCUUCCCACAGGAGUUCCGGGACUCCCCAGACGUGACCAGUCGGCUGCAGGCCCUCCGGGAUCUCUACCAGCAAGUGAUGGCCCAAGCAGACUUGCGGGGACAAAGGCUGCAGGAUGCCCUGGACCUGUACACGGUGUUUGGGGAGUCGGAUGCCUGUGAACUGUGGAUGAGUGAGAAGGAGAAGUGGCUGGACCAGAUGGAAAUCCCAGACACCCUGGAGGACCUGGAGGUGGUGCAGCACAGGUUCGACAUCCUGGACCAGGAGAUGAAGACACUGAUGGCCCAAAUUGAUGGCGUGAACCUUGCCGCCAACAACCUGGUCGAGAGUGGCCACCCACGGAGCGCAGAAGUGAAGCGGUACCAGGAUCGCCUGAACAAGAGGUGGAAGGCCUUCCAGACGGUGGUGUCUGAGCGGAGAGAGGCGGUGGACUCGGCCCUCCGGGUACACAACUACUGCGUGGACUGCGAGGAGACCAGCAAGUGGAUCAUGGACAAGACGAGGGUCGUGGAGUCUACAAAGGACCUGGGGCAGGACCUGGCGGGCGUCAUCGCCAUCCAGCGGAAGUUGUCUGGGCUGGAGCGAGAUGUGUUUGCUAUCCGGGACCGUGUGGGUGCCUUGGAACGUGAGUCACAGCACCUGAUGGAGUCACAUCCUGAGCAGAAGGAGGACAUCGGGCAGCGGCAAGCCGAAGUCCAGAAGCUGUGGAAGGGCCUACAAGAUGCCCUGCAGGGUCAGGAGCUCUCCUUGGGUGAAGCCAGCAAGCUGCAGGCCUUCCUGCAGGAUCUGGAUGACUUCCAGGCCUGGCUGUCCAUGGCCCAGAAGGCCGUGGCUUCGGAGGACAUGCCCGAGUCGCUCCCAGAGGCUGAGCAGCUCCUGCAGCAGCAUGCGGCCAUCAAGGAGGAGAUUGAUGGGCACCAAGAGAACUACCACCAGGUCAAGGCAUCCGGGGAGAAGGUGAUAGAAGGCCAGACGGACCCGGAAUAUCAGCUUCUGGGUCAGCGACUAGAGGGCCUGGAUACUGGCUGGGACGCCCUGCGCCGGAUGUGGGAGAGCCGUGGCCACUCCCUUGCCCAGUGUCUGGGCUUCCAGGAGUUCCAGAAAGAUGCCAAGCAGGCUGAAGCUAUCCUCAGCAACCAGGAAUAUACUCUGGCUCACUUGGAACCCCCAGACUCCUUAGAAGCUGCAGAAACUGGCAUCCGGAAGUUUGAGGAUUUCUUGGUGUCUAUGGAAAACAACCGGGAUAAGGUGUUGAGUCCUGUGGACUCUGGAAACAAGCUGGUCGCUGAGGGAAAUCUGUACUCAGACAAGAUCAAGGAGAAGGUGCAGUUGAUCAAAGACAGGCAUAGCAAGAACAAUGAGAAGGCCCAAGAGGUCACAGUUCUUCUGAAAGACAACCUGGAGCUGCAGAACUUCCUCCAGAACUGCAAAGAGCUCACUCUCUGGAUCAAUGAUAAGCUGCUGACAUCACCAGACGUCUCCUAUGAUGAAGGCCGCAACCUUCACAACAAGUGGAUGAAGCACCAGGCGUUCAUGGCCGAGCUGGCUUCCCAGCAGGGCUGGCUCGACAACACGGACGCAGAAGGAAGGCACCUGAUGACAGAGAAGCCCCAGUUUAAGGACGUGGUGUCAGAGAGACUGGAAGCCCUACACAAGCUCUGGGAUGAGCUUCAGACCACCGCGAAGGAGAAGACAGAACAACUAUCAGCCGCCAGGAGCUCGGACCUGCGCUUGCAGACGCACGCAGACCUCAACAAAUGGAUCGGCGCCAUGGAGGACCAGCUGCGAUCCGAUGAUCUGGGCAAGGACCUGACCACUGUCAACCGGAUGUUGGCUAAGUUGAAGCGAGUGGAGGACCAGGUGAAUCUGAGGAAGGAGGAGCUGGAGAAGCUUCUCACGCAGGUGCCCUCGCUGGGAAAGGAGGCGGGAGACACAGACAUGAGCGUCGAGAAGCGCUUCCUCGACCUCCUGGAACCCCUGGGGAGGAGGAAGAAGCAGCUGGAAUUAUCCAAAGCCAAGCUGCAGAUCAGCCGGGACUUAGAUGAUGAGACGCUCUGGGUGGAAGAGAGGCUGCCACUGGCCCAGUCAGCCGACUAUGGCACUAACCUGCAAGCUGUGCAGCUCUUCAUGAAGAAGAACCAGACACUGCAAAACGAGAUCGUGGGCCACGCGCCGCGGGUGGAGGAUGUGCUCCAGCGAGGGCAGCAGCUGGUGAAGGCGGUUGAGAUCGACUGCCCCGACGUCGAGGAGCGCCUGGGGCACCUGCAGGGCUCCUGGGACGCGCUGCGGGAGGCGGCGGCCGCGCGGCUGCAGCGCCUGCGGGACGCGCACGCCGCACAGCAGUACUACCUGGACGCGGGCGAGGCGGAGGCCUGGAUCAGCGAGCAAGAGCUCUAUGUGUUCUCCGACGAGCCCCCCAAGGACGAAGAGGGCGCUAUCGUGAUGCUUAAGCGGCACUUGCGGCAGCAGCGCACCGUGGAGGAGUACGGGAGGAACAUCAAGCAGCUGGCUGGCCGGGCCCAGAGCCUGCUGACCGCAGGUCACCCUGAGGGGGAACAGAUCAUCAGGCUUCAGGGGCAGGUGGACAAGCAGUAUGCGGGGCUGCGGGACAUGGCUGAGGAGCGCAGGCGGAAGCUGGAGAACAUGUACCACCUGUUCCAGCUGAAGAGGGAGGCUGACGACCUGGAGCAGUGGAUUACGGAAAAGGAGAUGGUGGCCUCGUCCCAAGAGCUGGGGCAAGACUUUGACCACGUGACUAUGCUCCGCGACAAGUUCCGAGACUUUGCCCGCGAGACCGGGGCCAUCGGGCAGGAGCGGGUGGACAACGUGAACACCAUCAUUGAGCGGCUCAUCGACGCAGGCCACAGCGAGGCGGCCACCAUCGCCGAGUGGAAGGACGGGCUGAACGACAUGUGGGCGGAUCUGCUGGAGCUCAUCGACACGCGCAUGCAGCUGCUGGCCGCCUCCUACGACCUGCACCGCCACUUCUACAUGGGCGCCGAGAUCCUGAGCCUCGUGGCCGAGAAGCACCGCGAGCUGCCCGAGGACGUGGGGCUGGAUGCCAGCACGGCCGAGUCCUUCCACCGGGUGCACACAGCCUUCGAGAGGGAGCUCCACCUGCUGGGCGUGCAGGUACAGCAAUUCCAGGAUGUGGCCACUCGUCUACAAACAGCGUAUGCUGGGGAGAAGGCGGACGCCAUUCAGAGCAAGGAGCAGGAGGUGUCUGCGGCCUGGCAGGCACUGCUCGACGCGUGUGCUGGGCGUCGGACCCAGCUGGUGGACACAGCAGACAAGUUCCGUUUCUUCAGCAUGGUCCGUGACCUCCUCUCCUGGAUGGAGAGCAUCAUCCGGCAGAUCGAGACUCAGGAGAGGCCCAGGGAUGUCUCCUCUGUGGAACUGCUCUUGAAGUAUCACCAGGGCAUCAAGGCAGAGAUCAAUACCCGGGCCAAGAACUUCAGCACCUGCCUGGAACUCGGCGAAUCCCUGCUACAGAGACAACACCAGGCCUCGGAAGAGAUCCGGGAGAAGCUGCAGCAGGUGGUGUCCAGGAGGCAGGAGAUGGAUGACAAGUGGGAGGCCCGUUCUGACCGGCUCCACAUGUUACUGGAGGUGUGCCAGUUCUCGAGGGACGCCUCUGUGGCCGAGGCAUGGCUGAUCGCCCAGGAGCCCUACCUGGCCAGCCGAGACUUUGGGCACACGGUGGACAGCGUGGAGAAGCUCAUCAAGAGGCAUGAGGCAUUUGAGAAGUCCACAGCCAGCUGGGCAGAGCGCUUUGCUGCUCUGGAGAAGCCCACCACGCUCGAGCUUAAAGAACGCCUGACCCCCGAAAGGCCCGCCGAGGAGCCUGGGCCUCAAGAGGAAGAGGGCGAGACAGCCGGGGAGGCUCCCCAGGUCCACCGUGCGGCCACCGAGAGAACAUCCCCGGGGGAAGAAAGGCCUCAGGACCUGCAGCCGCCACCCCCGCCAGGACAGCGUGAGGACAAGCGGGAGGAAUCCAAUGUGGGUGAGAAGCCUGCCACCGAGCCCCUCUUUAAGGUUCUGGACACGCCCCUGAGCGAGGGUGACGAGCCCACGACACUGCCAGCCCAGCGAGACCUCGGGCACAGUGUGCGGAUGGAGGGCUACCUAGGCCGCAAGCAUGAUCUAGAGGGCCCCAACAAGAAGGCGUCAAACAGGUCCUGGAACAACUUGUACUGUGUGCUCAGAAACAGUGAGCUGACCUUCUAUAAGGAUGCUAAGAACCUGGCCUUAGGGGUGCCUUAUCAUGGGGAGGAGCCCCUGGCUCUGAGACACGCCAUCUGUGAGAUCGCUGCCAACUAUAAGAAAAAGAAGCAUGUCUUUAAGCUGAGGCUGAGUAAUGGCAGCGAGUGGCUGUUCCAUGGCAAGGAUGAGGAGGAGAUGCUGUCCUGGCUGCAAGGCAUGAGCGCCGCCAUCAAUGAGUCUCAGAGCAUCCGCGUCAAGGCACAGAGCUUGCCCCUGCCCUCCCUGACUGGUCCCGAUGCCAGCCUCAGCCGGAAGGACAAGGAGAAGAGAUUCAGCUUCUUCCCCAAGAAGAAGUAGCAGCUGGCAGCCCUUGUGGGUGAGACCAGCCGGGCAAGAGCAACAGUGCGCAUCGGGACACCCGAGGACCAGGAGCCCGCGGCCUUGAACCCCCCCACCCCCCAGCAACAGCCGGUGCGUCUCCCGCCUGCCACCCACUGCCCGCAGCCUGCCUGCUCAAGUCCCUGGGCCAGUCCCCCAGGCCCACACUCCGCCGCAAUAGCUGCCUUGCCCUGCCUGGCCUCUCCGCCUACUGCCAACAGCCCUCCACCCCCACACACGGCCAGCCGGGCUCCAAGGACAAGGACUCCUAUGCAGCUGGAAAGGGUUCUGUGAGGGACACGCCCUCCUCUUCCUGUCCCAUGCCUGUGAAAGCCAAGGAAGGUUGACAGUGCUCAUCAAGUGCUGUCUACUCCCAUGGCAAAUUUUGCUUGGGGUAGCUGCCCACAGUCACAGCCGGGGGAGGGGGGGGAAAGGAGAAGAGACGCUGACGAUGUUUGCCCUGCCCCUCAGGGACAGGAGGAAGGGGCUAUCAGGUGGGCCAUACAGCCCAAGCUCUGGGCGUGGAGCUGCUGGGACACCCAGGAGACAAGGAGAGCCUUGGGAAGCACCAGUCUCUUCUCCACUGGGCUUCCUCAGAAUUGGAACUGUCUCCUCAGGGCUAGCGUGUCCCUGCCUCUCUCCCCUUCCCGUACAGGGAGUCCUGACUGAAGGAGGGUCCUGCCCCAUCCCACCUGGCACUCUGCACCCUUUGCUCCUGGCACAGGGACAAACAGGAAUGACCAGCAGCCUUCACACCGUAUUCCUCUUUGGAAACCCUGGCUAGAGGUUAGGGCUCGGGGGAAAGACAGGUCUGACACUGCUUGAGGCGCUGCCUCUCCCUCUCUGUGCUGUGGCCCUGUCUCCUGUCCAGGUCGCAAGCCAAACCAGCAAUAUGCAGCCAGUGCCGGGUCCCAGAGACAAGCUACACACACUCCAGGUCCUCCACUCGGUAGAGAAUCCCAAAGUCAAAUGACUACCGUGGCCCAUGUGCAGAGAUGAAUGCUGUAGCCAGAGCCAUGGAGGUUGUGGCCCUUCUUGAUCUGCUUCUGAAGGCUUGGCCUUGGAUUCUGGGAAUCACAUGGUACAGAGAUCCCCAAAUAUCUGCCACCACCACCACCACCCCUAAGCAGCAAAGAGGGCUCUGUAUUCUCUGGCCCCAGGGAAAGCCUUCCCAUGCUUCUGCAGGGGAGGGACCACUGGUUCCUCAAGGACUUUUCCUGCUACUCCACUGAAAGCAAUACGGUUCUAGCACAGUAUGCUCACUGGGGUUAGGUCCAAGACAGUCAAGCUGGGGGGACCACAGGAAUUUUCCCCUGGGAGACCAUCAGGGUCCCCAGACAGUUUCUAACUGCCUUCUUGUUGGAAGAAGCCUUGGUUGUAUAGGGGUAUCCAGUUAUAUGAGCUAUUCAUAGAAUCCCUCGAUGCUGACCAGGGUAGGUACCAUUCACCAGCCUUUCUACAGCUGGGAAGACCAAGGCAGGAAGCAGCGAGAUACCUGAACUCACCUGGUAGUAAAGGCUUCUGUGCAUCCAAGGGCAUGCCCACUUCUAAGACAGGUGUGUGUAGGGCGGGGAGUCCUUGACAAAGAAGUAGAUGGCAAGCAACUCUCAGUCACUUUCUCUUGUCCAGUCUUUGGGGGACCAAGGGACAAGGGUCUACCCCUCCCCUCCACAUGUGCCCAAGUAGCAUGUGGAGUAAGAAAUUUCCAGCAAGUAACUCACGGUCAAGAAAGAAAGGGCUCCGAGCUGAGAUCUCCCCACCUUAAGUCCCACCACGGGGUAAGGGCAGCCAGCUGCAUGUGACCAACAUCACCCAUGCAUCUCACCCAGGUCCCGAGACACUCAGCCACUGCAUUGACUCUGCAGGUGGCUGGCUUUGGGAGACCCUGUGUGCUCUGAGGCGAGGCUCUCCUGGUGCCCCGGCAAGGCUGGGUUUUCUCUUGGCGUUUUCUACUUUGCAGUCUUUUCCUUGACAGUACUCCCAAACUGGGUAGACACACCAGCAUAACAGGCUUCCUCCCCAGGGCAGUUAGAGGAAGCUCUUUCUGGUCAGGGGGUUCUUCUUCCCUGUCCCCAUUCCCUUAGGCCCAGGUCUUGGCUGACUGGCUGAGGGAGGAAGAGGGUCCUGGUGCCCUCCCAUCCUACCUCCACUAACCUGCAUUGGAGGCCUGCAUUGGCUCGGCUCCCCACCCCACUCCUUCUUCCUGCCUAUCGGAAGGUAUCAGUUCUGCAAGGCUGAUCGUGGAUCCCCUUCCUCCUUUGGUGGGAGGAGGCGGAGAUCCAGAGGAGGAAGAGGCCAGUAGGCCUCACAUCUUGGUCCCUUGGACACGCAAGCUCAGGGAGGACACACAAGAGGAGGUGGCUGCAGAGGAAAGUAACCCUGUUGGGCACAGAUCAUGCCAUCUGGGGCUGGCUCUGGGGCCAGCUGGGCCUUGUCCUCUACCUGCUCAAAUGUGCUUCCACCAACCAGAGGAAACCCAUUUACUAGUUUUUCUAAUAAAUCAA